AUGUCGAGGAGUCAGCUUUCGAUCGACCUGGAGGACUUCCUCGGUCACUCGGACCCGAAUCCACCGCACACCGUCUUGACGGGCAUCACACCGCUCGCCCCUUUUCGUGCGGCGGCUGCAGCGACUGAGCGCCACGACGCGCUGAAUGUCUCCGACGUGGACGACGCGGUGCCGAUCCCAAUUGGCGUGCGCCACCGCGUCCGCCCACGUGACAGGACGGACGGCUCCACCGCCUCCCUCUCUCGCGAGACGCAGCGCAGAGCCGUGCUGGAGCGCCACCUCGCACUGCACCACUCUGAAAGCCGUCGCAGCCGCGACGACGGCUACACGUCGGACCACCAGGGCAGUGACGUGCUGCUGUCUGGCGAGGCGAGCCGCGACCCCGCCGUGCACGGUCCUCGGCGUCGACUGGAGUCGAAUCGGCACGAUGUCAGCCGAAGCUUCGCCGAGUCGCAGGAGGUGGAGCGGCAUCAGCAGCAGCUCAUCAAGAUUUUCACGGAGCGGCUGGAGCACAUGGAGAGCCGCUUUGAGGCUCGCAUUGAGGAGCUGACGAAGAAGCUGGACGACGUGAACACGCAGUACGGCGCGAAGUUUGACUCCACGUUUGCGAAGAUGCACGAUACACUGGAAAGGAAAGGCGUGGAGGUGAGCCGGCUGGAGACGGAGCUGCGGGUGUUGAACGAAAGCGUGAGGAGCGACAAGAGUGACUUGAAGUCGUGCCGCGACAGCGUCGAGGCGUGCCGGCGUGAUGUGGCCAAUUUGGAUGGUCGAAUCACCGACUUGUGCGCGCGGCAGGCCGCCCCGAGAGCGGGAGUGCCUUCUACUGCUGUGCCUUCCCCCGCACCCUUUCAGGCAACUGCUGGAGGAGGAGGAGGUGGCAGUGGAUUUGGCGGUAUUGGCAUGGGAGGUAGCAGCACGAGGAUCAACAGCAGCGAGAAUGAAGGCGAAGCGGCGACAUCGACCACGCCGAAGCCACCGUCCAACCCCUUCGGUGCUCCCCCCACAACAGCGGCUUCACCACCACCACCACCACCACCACCUGCAACUAAAGGGUUCUCUGGUUUCUCCUUCAGCACCGGCGGCGGCAGCGUCGGCAACACAAACCCGUUUGGCGCGAAACCAACCGAGACGAAAGAUUCUUCCACAGAAAGCGCGUCACAGCCAUCGGCGAAUGCCUCAGCACCAGCGCCUGCGUUUGGUGCCACCGCCUUCGGCUCCACUGGUGCGAACGCGUCUCCGGAAGGCGCCAAAACGGCUGGCGGCAACCCUUUCUCCUUUGGUGGCAGCAACGGCAGCAACACCACAGCGGGGGCGGCGUCGAGUAGCGCCUUCGGCUCUGCGGGAGGCUUCUCCACCAGCGCCUCCGCAGCGGACGGUGGUGGUAGUGCGCCGUCGAAGCCAUCUGCGUUUGGUGCAGCAGCCAACGGAGCCGCUGCCCAGCCGCCCACCGCGUCCAAUGGAUUAACCGGUGCUGCACCUUCGGCGGGCCCUUCGCCCUUCUCCUUUGGCGGCGCUUCCCCUACGCCACCUUCCACGAACACGACCACCACAGCUAUUGCCGCAACCUCUGCCACGCCUUCUUUCUCCUUCGGCGGAGCUCCUUCCACCGCAACAAACACCGGCCCGACCCCAGCGAUUGGAUCAGCCCCCACCGCACCCUCCGCCGCACCCCCCUUCGGUGCUUCGAACGCCUCCCCGUUUGGCACCACGACGGUCAGCAGCGGCAGCACCCUUAACAAUACCAACACGACCAACGCUGCACCUGCCCCUGCAUCGGGUGGCUUUUCAUUCAGCGCUGCGGCACAGAUAAACCCAAAUGCUGCUACCACUACUACUAAUACUAACAACAGUAGCAAUGCAUCGCCGUUUGGUAGUGGCAGCAACGCUUUCGGCAGCGCUGGCGCGUCGGCCCCUGCGCCGAUUGGUGGCGGUGCCUUCUCCAGUGCUGCCCCUACCGGCCCCUCCGCGUCGAGCCCUUUUUCUUUCGGUGCUGCCACCAACAGCCCUAGCGGGGUCGCGAGCAACGGUGGUGGAAGUGCCACCGGCAACGCCACCGGCACGGCUCCUGUCUUUGGCGGUAAUGCAGCUGCCCCUAGCCAGUUUGGCGCCGCACAAGUCCCCGCGAGUGCCCCUUCGACUACGUUUGGCGCACCGCUGAGUUCGAUGGUGGGCAGCGGUGGUACGAGCUUUCCUUUUCCAUCUGCGACAGGUGGUGGAGCAGCAGCAGGAGUGAGUACGAGCGCGGCUUCUCCGUUUGGGGGCACGACGAGUACCGCAGCAGGGAGCGGAGGCAGCAACAACGGUGGUGGCGCUUUCGGUGUGAAUGGCAGCAGUAAUAAUAAUAGUAACGGCUUUGGAGGCGCUGCGGGUACGGCCUUUGGUGCGACACCGAUGAAUGGUCCAGCGCCGAUGUUUGGUGGCAACAGCAGCGUUGGCGGCACCUCCGGGGGUUCCGCUGCUGGCGGUGGUGGUGGUGGCUUCGGUGCUGCCCCACCGGCGUUUGCGCAGCCCACCGGCUCCUCUGCCGGCUUCGGCAACGGUGCUGCGGGUGCUAUGGGAGGUAAUGUGAUGGCCGGAGGAGGUGCUGGUGGUGCGCCGGUGCAUACGAACGUGCUCGGCUCUACUCGACGCAAGCAGACACGUCGCUACUAA